AUGGCAACUCCUGUCAUUCUAAUUCUCGGAGUCGGUCCCCGAAUCGGUUCCUCCGUCGCUGAAAACUUCGCCAGUCAAGGCUACAAGGUGGCUGUUGCAUCUCGGAAGGGGGAGGGCAAGAUCAACGAGAAAGGCUACCUUUCGAUCAAAGCAGACUUUACCGAUCCACAGUCCAUCGCACCUGCGUUUGACGCUGUCAAGGCUGAGUUUGGCACCGCUCCUAGCGUCGUCAUAUACAACGCCGCGACCCUCACUCCUCCCCCAAUUCAGGACUCUGCUCUGUCGAUUCCAUCCGAGCGAGUUGCCAGUGACUUGAUCGUCAACACUGUUAGUCCCUAUGUUGCAGCACAGCAGGCUCUCUCUGCUUGGGAGACUCUGCCCAAGGAAACCAAGAAGACUUUUAUCUAUACUGGUAACGCCAUGGGUACCAACAUCAUCCCUGUCCCGUUGAUGCUGAACUUGGGUAUUGGCAAGUCUGCUUCUUCGUUCUGGGUGGGUGUUGCUGAUAUAACGUACGCCGCCCGCGGAAUUCGAUUCUUCUACGCUGAUGAGCGCCACGACGACGGCAAAUUCAAGGGCAUGGCGGUCGAUGGACCUGCCCACGGAGAAUUCUAUGCCCUGUUGGCCAAGCAAGAGGAAAAGAUUCCCUGGCACGCAACAUUCGUGAAGGGCAAGGGUUAUGUUGAGUUCAAGUAA